AUGGAACGUAUCUCUUAUCUGACACUGUUCUUCCUACUACCAUUACUCACAGCACUGUCUUGCUCUGAUUACUAUAACUGCGAAAGUUGCUCUGGUGCUUUGGUCAGCGGAAAGAAAUGCAGAUGGUGUAUGUCUAAAAAUCAGUGUGUCUCCUCAAAAUAUCUUUGCCAUCCUUCAAAAUCCAUUUUGAGUACAGUAAAUUGUCCUUUUGAUCAAGCAAUCGCUCCGCAAUACAGUGAUGAGUUCUCCAGGAGUAAAGUUAUCUACUAUAUUCUAGCAACUAACAGAAUUCAUAAUAGCGAAAAUCCCCAUGCUGUUAAAUCCUGUCUGGAUAAAGUCAACGAAAACAUCGAGGUCAUUGCCGAAAUUUCGAUAAAGACGUUUUUUGGAGCACAUACAUUAGCGAGCUUGGUAGCAGUGAACCAUUGGAAUCGUCAAAUAAUAGUUUGUUUUCAAGCCACAGUUGGCCCCAUUCAAUUCGUUACUCAAGCUAUUCAAUUUAUAACAGGGAUGUAUGUGGAUACAGGGUUUGGAGGGAAAAUGGUACGGUACUAUCAUGAAGCAUAUAAAACGUUUGUCGAAUCCGGGAUCGAUACAAAUCUGCAGAAAGCGUUUGAAAAAUAUCCGACUUAUCAAGUUCUAACCUGUGGUCACUCUCUCGGAGGUACAAUGGCUAGUAUUUUCUCCGUCCACAUCAAACAAAAGUAUGGAAGAGAUGUCGUUGAAUACGGUUUCUCUGGUCCUCGAGCAGGAGACGAAACGUUUGCGAAAUUACAUAACAGCUUGAUCCAUCAAGCCUUCCGAGUUAUUAGAAAUGGAGAUUGGGUACCUGAUUUUCCGUUUCGAAUAAGCGAACGAUUAACAGCUCCCUAUCAUACAAAAUACGAAGUGUUCUACAACUCUCAUAUGACGAAUGAAACGUUUAAAAUUUGCAACCAAGCAGAUUCCGAAGAAUGUAACCGAGGAAGUUGGCUGAGGAAGUUGACGAGUCAUAUGUAUAUGUUCGAUCAAACUAUGGUAACUUUCAGCUUGGGAUUAUGCGAUUAG